CCUACCAAUAGUAGAAACUAGAAAUAUAAUAUAUUUAGACAACGUUUUGCAAUCCCUAUCAACCGAGAAAGCAACGAUGGAAAUUGUCUCAGAAAACUUGCUCUUGCCAUUUUGCUUUAUCCUAUCAUUUUUCUUUAUUUUCACCUCCGUGAGAUUUCGACAGAGCUCUUCCCGAUCCGCCAUGCUGCCUCCUGGACCUCCACGGUUACCGAUCAUAGGUAACAUUCACCAAGUUGGUAAACUCCCACACCGUUCAUUCGCAGACCUCUCCAGAACAUAUGGACCAAUCAUGCAUCUAAAGUUUGGACGUUUAAACACAGUGAUAGUAACUUCACCAGAAGCUGCAAGAGAGGUUCUAAAAACACACGAUCAAACCUUGUCUAGCCGUACCUCUCCUAACUCGAUACGAUCCAUUAAUCACCAAAACAUUUCUGUUGCAUGGAUUCAUCCGUCGACGGCCCGUUGGAGACUGUUGAGAAAGCUGUCGGCUACUCACAUGUUCUCGCCACAGCGUAUUGAAGCCACUAAAGCUCUGCGGAUGAAAAAGGUGCAAGAGCUUAUGAGCUUCAUGGAUGAAAGCAGCGAGAGAGAAGAAGCUGUUGACAUUUCUCGUGCAUCUUUCAUCACAACUCUUAAUAUCAUAUCGAACAUUAUAUUCUCGGUUGAUCUCUGUAGCUACGGCUCGGAAAUUUCAAAUGGAUUUCAUGACUCAGUUAUUGGAGGCAUGGAAGCUGCUGGGAGUCCAGACCUUGCUAACUUCUUCCCGCUUCUUGGGUUUCUUGAUCUGCAAGGUAAUAGCGAGAGGAUGAAGUUCUGUACAGAGAGGUUGUUUAAGGUUUUUCGAGGGUUCAUCCAUAUUAAAACUGCGGAAAAAUCGUUGCGGAAUGAUCCAAAAGAUGCUUCCAACAGAGAUUUUUUGGAUGCGCUUCUUGAUCUCACCGUAGGGGAUGAAGCCGAACUCGACAAUAAUGAUAUUGAACACCUUCUCUUGGAUAUGUUUAUAGCAGGCACAGACACAAGCUCUAAUACCGUAGAAUGGGCAAUGGCAGAGUUACUUACUAACCCUAAAACAAUGGUGAAAGCUCAGUCCGAGAUCCAACGUAUCAUAGGCCAAAACGGGUUCGUUCAAGAGCCUGAUAUCUCAGAAUUGCCAUAUAUACAAGCGGUUGUGAAAGAAACUUUGCGUUUGCACCCAGCUGUUCCUCUUCUCCUUCCACGGAAAGCGGAAACGGACGUAGAGGUCUUUGGAUACCUUGUCCCUGAAGAUGCUCAGGUUUUGGUGAACGUAUGGGCAAUAGGACGAGACCCGAACGUGUGGGAGAAUCCGACCCGGUUCGAGCCAGACAGGUUUUUGGGGGAAGAUAUUGAUGUGAAAGGUAGAGACUAUGAGUUAACACCGUUUGGGGCCGGAAGAAGAAUUUGUCCAGGAUUGCCUUUGGCUGUGAAGAUGGUAUCCCUUAUGCUCGUUUCUCUUCUUUAUUCCUUUGACUGGAAGCUUCCAAACACCGUCGACAUGGAUGAAACCUUUGGUAUUACCUUGCACAAGGCCAACCCGUUACAUGUUGUUCCUGUUAAAAAAAAUCGUCACUAGUUAAAACAUUUGUAAUGCUUUUUUCUUGGUUAGUAAUGUU